AUGGAUGGCUGGACACAUGCACGGAAAGAGAGCAGAAAAUGUGCAAUGGAUGAUGUGCCGAAGAUCAAGAAAAGAAAGAAAAUACUUGAAAGAUGGAAAAAGGAAAUUGAGGAUGAAACUUUCAGACGCGGGCGGGAAUGUCGCGAAGCGACUAAGGAUGAGGAAAAUAAAAUAAAUAUAUUUUUAUAAUU